AUGCCACACCAUUGCAGAGAAUCUGAUUAUGCCUUGUGCAUACGAGAUGGUAAGCAAGAGAUCAAAGAAAGCUCAUAUAGCAAAUUCUCCUUGCAAUUUGAUGAAUCGUGUGACAUAGCCCAUUGUGCUGUUCUCCUUGGGUUCGUCCGUUACGUCCACCAGGACAGGAUCAAAGAAGAGUUCCUAUUGUGCGAUAAUCUGCUGACAACCACGAAGGGAGAAGAUGUCUUCAAUAUCAUCAACAGUUUCUUUACCAAGAAUGGAUUGGAUUGGAACAGCGUUCAACAGGUCUCCGUCGAUGGAGCACCGGCGAUGAUGGGUGGUCAUCGUGGAUUACGGGGCCUCAUGCAAGCUGUCAAUCCAGAAAUUUCUGUAGAUCAUUGCAUCAUUCAUCGGUACUCUCUUGGAUCGAAAAGCCUGCCUGGUAAUCUGAAGUUAGUGUUUGAAGAUGUGUUGAAAAUCGUCAACUUCAUCAAGUCCAGGGAUGUGAAUUCGCGCAUAUUCAAGGAGCUGUGCAAGGAAAUGGGAGAACAGUAUCAAGUUCUGCUUUACCACACCGAUGUUCGCUGGUUGUCACGAGACAAGGUUGUACAUCGUGUCAUUGAGCUCCGAAAGGCUAUUCAGGAAUUUCUGGAACAAAAAGGAUCUCCUUUCGCUACCAAGUUCACUGAUAAGGAGUGGCUUGCUCGACUUUGUUACUUGGCUGACAUAUUUGCGGAGCUGAACAGUGGUAAUCUGCAACUCCAGGGCCGAAACACGACUGUCAUUGAUGCCCGUCACACUGUGGCUGCAUUUCUGGCGAAACUGAGACUCUGGAUUCGGCGCUUGGAGAAAGGAGUGAUCGCCCAGUUCCCCACCCUAGACCAGUUUAUUGAGGAGAAUAGUCAUGAUACUGGAUCUCUUCUACAGACCAUCAACAAAGAGAUGAGCGACCAUUUGAAGGGGCUUGAAACAAGCAUGCAUCACUACUUUCCAGAGAGUGACCAAGAAACAGCCAGUCUUCAGUGGAUCAUUCAUCCCUUCUCUGUACCUGAUGAGGCCAUUCAUGAUGAUGAUUUCCUCCGACUCGCCAACUCUGUCCAAGAGAGCCUUGACGUUGUUGGUAUCAUUCUCAACAACGUAUCUGUGCGAGAAGGGGUUCUCAACUGUGCUGGGGAUGAAAACAAAAAAGAGGACUCGCUUGAAUGUUGCAAACGAUGCCAGGCUGGCACUUUCAACCACGAAGCCAAGAAUUCCUCAACUAGCUUCAAAUAUGCAACUCCAACCAUCUCACUGAUGCUCUUGACAUCUUUGUACACCGGUGAUAUUGUGGCGUUGCUGUUAAUAUAA